AUGGCGUGGCGGGGGCUGACGGCUGAGUUCCUGCAGGUGCCGGCGGUGACGCGGGCCUACACGGCGGCCUGUGUCCUUACCACCGCCGCCGUGCAGCUGGAACUCCUGAGCCCCUUCCAGCUCUACUUCAACCCACACCUCGUGUUCCGGAAGCUGCAGGUCUGGAGGCUCGUCACCAACUUCCUCUUCUUCGGGCCGCUGGGAUUCAGCUUCUUCUUCAACAUGCUCUUCGUGUUCCGCUACUGCCGAAUGCUGGAGGAGGGCUCCUUCCGCGGCCGCACGGCCGACUUCGUCUUCAUGUUUCUCUUCGGGGGAGUCCUUAUGACCCUGCUGGGAUUCCUAGGCAGCCUGUUCUUCCUAGGCCAGGCGCUCACAGCUAUGCUGGUGUAUGUGUGGAGUCGCCGUAGCCCGCACGUGAGGGUCAACUUCUUCGGCCUCCUCACCUUCCAGGCGCCAUUCCUGCCCUGGGCACUCAUGGGCUUCUCGCUGUUGCUGGGCAACUCGAUCCUGGUCGACCUGCUGGGGAUAGCUGUGGGCCACAUCUACUACUUCCUGGAGGAUGUCUUCCCUAACCAGCCAGGAGGCAAGCGGCUGCUGCUGACCCCUGGCUUCCUGAAGCUGCUACUGGAUACCCCUGAGGAGGACCCCAAUUACCUGCCCCUCCCUGAGGAACAGCCAGGACCCGCUGUGCCACCCCCGCAGCAGUGAGCCCACUGGCAGGCCUCCAUCCCCACCCUAC